CACGCGCUUUUACUCGACGUCACCCGGAAGAGAGGAGUGUCGGUGCUUGUGAGGAUUGUUUACAUUUUCUGCAAGCCCGUUAAAAUGAAUCCUCCGAUGAUAAACUCGACCAGCUCCGUUUCAACGACCAAAAGAAAACGAGAAGCCGAGCGCUCGGUUAACUGGACGGUGGAGGAAACUCAGGUGCUGCUGUGCGCCUGGAGCGAUGAGCGCAUCCAGAAGAGUUUGGCGGAAAACCUUCGUAACCGGCAUGUCUUCAAACACCUCUCAGUCCGCAUGAGUGAAAUGGGUUUUUCUCGGAGUCCACACCAGUGCCGGCUUCGUGUCAAAACUCUGAAGGCUAACUAUGUGAGAGCCAAACUACAGAGGAGUGUUGACAGCUCGCAGCCUUGUACUUUUAAAUAUUUUGCAGAGAUGGAUGCUGUGUUGGGCCGGAGGUCAGCGGGAGGGGAAGGAGGGCCUUAUUUUGUUUCUCCAGAACGGAUGGCAGAGCGUCACCUCGACUCCAUUGACAGGACAGGAAGCAUCCCCCCAGAUUUAAAUUCUAACACAGAAAUUAGUGGACACCAUUUGGGGAGGACAGAAAGACAACGUUUGAGGUCUUUCGACGAUCGAGAAGGCCGUCAGUCUUGGCAGCUCGACUCUGAAGUUAAGUUGGAGGAAAGAGAAGAUUCAACAGAUGAGUUUGAGCUCAGCAAUACAGGAUUCCCACAACAACACCAUGAAGUGUUUCUGGAAUCAUCCAUCCAUCGAGAAAUUACUGGUACACUAGUGGAAAACAGCUGGAUCAGUCCUUCCUCACAUGUAGUACCACCUCCACCUACUGCUCCUCCAGCUGCUCCUCCUCCCCCUCUUACUCCUCUGCCUGCACCCCCAGAUCCCAGCCCCAACACCCUCCCCACCUCUGGCCCUCAUCACCCUGAGUCCUCCUGCGUCAAACACCUGUCGGAGUGCUUCCAGCGGCUGGUGUCGGAGACCCGGGGCCUGCUGGUGCAGCUGGAGAGCCAGAGGCAGGAGCAGGCUCACUGGCAUCAGGAGCUCCUGGCCCAGUGGCUGCAGAAGGAGGAGCGCCGGCAGAGGGAGACGGCUGAGAGGGAGGAGAGGAGAGAGAAAGCUCGCAUGGAGCAUGAGAUCAGAGUCCUGGAGCUCCUCACCAGUCUAGCCAGAGAACGCGGGUGUAAAUGUGGAGGCAGCCACACUGUAGCCGAGGCACCAAAUCACACCAUGAACAAAAGCGGAAAGUAGGAUGCGCCCACACCAAGGACUUUUACAAUGGUUGACCCAAACUGUGGAAUGAUAUUCAAGCUCAGGUGGAGCCAAAUAACGGCUCUGAUAAUGGAGAAACAGCCACAUUCAGGGCGGCUUAGUUUAGGCCUUAACCCUGAAGGAUACGGGUUGUCAUUUCAAUUUAACCAAAUUCUGAAAGAGACCAUAAAAAUCUGUGACUAUAAGAAGAUGAUUGUUGACUGACCACCAUGGAUCGGUCGUGCUCAGAAAUCAUAGAAAACUGCAGUUGAAAUCUGAAGGGGAAUCGAUUCUUCUCUCUGUUCUCUGUCACAACUUCUUUGAAGGGAUUUCUUAGCUGUCAGUUCAUUGCACCAAAUGUUUCAUGCACUUUUCUAUUAAAAAAAAAGAAAUGAUAUUUUCAACCGG